AUGGUAAGGAAGAUGCCAGACAAACCAUUUUCACUUGUUCAACAGAAUCAUAUCCAUACAGUCCCUUUGUUCAUUCUACUACAUCUAUCUAUCUAUCUAUCUAUCUAUCUAUCUAUCUAUCUAUCUAUCUAUCUAUCUAUCUAUCUCACUCUCUUCAUUAUCUAUCUAUCUAUCUAUCUAUCUAUCUAUCUAUCUAUCUAUCUAUCUAUCUAUCUCACUCUCUUCAUUAUCUAUCUAUCUAUCUAUCUAUCUAUCUAUCUAUCUAUCUAUCUAUCUAUCUCACUCUCUUCAUUAUCCAUCUAUCUAUCUAUCUAUCUAUCUAUCUAUCUAUCUAUCUAUCUAUCUAUCUAUCUAUCUCAGUCUCUUCAUUAUCUAUCUAUCUAUCUUCAUAUCUUUAUCAGUCUAUCUACCAAAUUCAUUUCAUAUCUCAGUCUGUUCAUAUCUAUCUAUCUAUCUAUCUAUCUAUCUAUCUAUCUAUCUAUCUAUUACUUGAUGAUCACUGUUAUUGGCCUCAAAGUUCUUCUCUUUGUUGAAUUGGCUUCGUCACCGCUACGACACCCACAUAGGAAACACAUUUGCGUUCAUUUUAUUUACCUGCUUAUCUGUUCGUUUUUCUAUCUAUUCGUUUGUAUGCAUCGCUGUCUGUCUGUAUCUCAUACACCUUCAUAUAAAAUCUACCAUUUUUUCUUGUUUCUUUUUUUAAACCACAUUGGCUCAACCGAUGUACUUCUCUUCUUGAACAUAUCUUCUACACCUGUUUACUGGCGCCGCGUCUCCAAGAAGCAGUUAUAUUACGCAGGCGUCUCGCUAUCUCUUUCUCUCUCUCUCUUUCGACAUCACCUGCUACGCAUCCGUGCCUCUUGCCUUUCAUUCAGCUUUAAUUUUUAUUUUGUUCGCUUCCGAUUUUCUUUCCCUCUUUGUCUUUCCCACUCUAUCAACCUUUUCUUUCUUCCUUGUCUUCGUUUUCUCUACUUUAUCCCCACUUUUUCCUCCACCUCUUUGUUAUUCCUUUUUUUCUUUUGUGUCUUAUCCCUCGUUAUCACACGAUCUCCCGAUCUCCCCACUCCAUUCCAUCACAGCCUUUUCCCAUAUACAUCAGCAUCUAUCUAUCUAUCUAUCUAUCUAUCUAUCUAUCUAUCUAUCUAUCUAUCUAUCUCAGAAGUGUGGACACUGAUUUGA